AUGGCAAAUCUUAACCCACUCAUGGAUCCGUUGAAUCCUUAUCAUGUUCCUAAUGGUGAUAAUGCAAUUAUUUCUAUUGUUCCAAUUGUUCUGAAAGGGAACAAUUAUCAUGCUUGGUCACGUGCCAUGACAAUGGCUCUAACAUCAAAGAGCAAGAUGGAGUUUAUCAAUGGUUCUUUGUCAAAACCAGAUGUUGGUGAUGCAUUGCUACCUGCAUGGAAGAAAUGCAACAAUAUGGUGUUAUCAUGGAUCAUAAACUCUCUUGACCCAGAAAUCAUUCAGAGUGUUCUUUGGAUUGAUAUAGCAAAGGAUUUAUGGGACGAUCUACGAGAUAGGUAUUAUCAAGGUGAUGUAUUCAGAAUAUCAGAAUUACAAGAAGCAGUAUAUGCCUUAAGACAAGGAGAAUUGUCAGUCACUGCAUAUUUUACUCAACUAAAGGGAUUAUGGCAGGAAUUGGAAAAUUUCAGACCAAUCCCGAGUUGUACUUGUGCCAAUCAAUGUAACUGCAAAUUAAUACCAACCAUGAAAGCCUACAGAGAAGGAGAUUACGUGAUAAGAUUUUUGAAGGGUCUUAAUGAGCAAUAUUUUGUUGUGAGGUCGCAGAUCAUGCUCAUGGAUCCAUUACCGACAAUGAGUAAGGUUUUCUCUCUUCUUGUUCAGCAAGAAAGACAGAUGAAUAUCAUUAAUGGUGGUCAACAUGUAUUGACUGCAUAUAGUGGAACAAAUGGCAGAGGAAACUUCAAAGAAAGGAAUUUCAAAGAUAAUAAUUUUCAAUCAGCAGGCAGAGGCCGAGGUAGGGGCCAAGGAGGAAAGAAUCAAAAAGUAUGUUCCUUCUGUGGGAAAAAUGGACACACUGUGGAUACAUGCUAUAAAAAACAUGGUUAUCCUCCACAUCUCAAGAAGAAUUAUGCAAUCAACAAUUAUGUGGCUGAGCAUGAUGAUGAUGCUGAUGACAGACAAAACAUGAUGUCUCAAAGGGAGAUGGGAGAAGGUUCAAGUUUGGAAUUUACUCCUGACCAGCAUAAGGCCUUAUUGGCACUUAUUCAACAACCUGGAAUUCAGAACAAUCACACCAUUAAUCAAUUUACCUCCACUGCACAAGAUCUUGGUUCAAAACCAUCAGGUAUUGUUUGCAAUAUUUUCAAUUCUUUGAAUUCCGACUCUUGGAUCAUUGAUACAGGAGCUACCGAUCAUGUUCCCAAGCUAGUUGAACAUGCUCUUAAUGUUACCCUAACCACACCAACAAUUAAGGCUCCACCUAUAUCAGUUGUUGAGUCCGCGCUUGAGUUUGUCACAUCUGCUCAGGUUGAUGAGAUCGUAGAAUCGAAGUUAGAAGUCUUUGGAGCCAAAAUGAACACCAACAUUGAUCAACUUUUUGCCAUGCUUCAACAACUCACCAAAAUAGACUAA